AUGGAUCAAGUUACAUCUUCUCUCGCCCCCGCGCGUUCUUCCCCCAAAUCCGCCAUGGCUGACACUGUAAAUGAAAGUGCUGGCAGCGUAACGAAACGACUCGGCAAUGAGCUUAUGAAUCUGAUGAUGUCUUCAUCUCCUGGAAUCUCCGCAUUCCCAAAAUCCGACGCAAAUAUGUUCGACUGGAUUGGAACGAUUGAAGGACCAGCCGGAACGGUCUACGCUGGCUUGGCCUUCAAAAUUUCUAUCACGUUCCCUUCAAAUUAUCCUUUCGUUCCUCCCCAUAUCAAAUUCGAUUCCCCGUGCUUUCAUCCAAACGUUGACAUUGGUACUGGCGCUAUUUGCUUGGAUAUCCUUCAGGACAAAUGGUCUGCUGUCUACAGCGUGCAGACAAUCUUGCUGUCAUUGCAAUCUCUCCUCGGAGAGCCUAAUAAUGCCUCUCCAUUAAAUACCGAGGCCUCCACUAUCUGGGAUUCUCCGGCUUCCUUCAAAUCGCAGCUUAUGAAGCACUAUCGUCCCAUCAGCGACGAACCAUCGGCCUAG